AUGUGGAAGCUGAAGUUUUCAUCAAAAGGUGAAGAUGAAUUGAUUAGAAGUGUGAAUAAACACAUUGGAAGACAGUUUUGGGAGUUCGAUCCACAUCUUGGAACUGAACAAGAACGAGCUCAAGUAGAACAAGCUCGCAAACAAUUUAAUCAAAAUCGCUUCAACAAUAAAAACAGUUCUGAUCUCUUAAUGAGAUUACAGUUUGAGAGGGAAAAAGGUUCAAAGAUGAAGUUAUUAUUAGAUAAUAGUAAUAAUAAUAACAAGGUGAAAGUGAAGAAGGAAUUAGAAGAUGUAAUUAGUGAGGAAAUAGUGAGAAGGACACUAAAAAGAGCACUGAGAAAUUACUCAACACUGCAGGUUGAAGAUGGUUUCUGGCCGGGUGACUAUGGUGGCCCAUUGUUUCUUUUGCCUUCUUUGGUUAUAGGAUUAUGGGUGACUGGCUCCAUUAAUGCAGUGUUAACGCCCGAGCAUCAAACCGAAAUGAGACGCUAUCUUUUUAAUCAACAGAAUAAAGAUGGAGGGUGGGGAUUGCAUAUAGAAGGGCCUAGCACAAUGUUUGGCACAGCUAUGAGCUAUGUAACGUUGAGAUUGCUUGGAGAAGACACUGAUAGUGGGGAUGGAGCCAUGCAAAAUGCAAGAAUGUGGAUUCUUAAUCGUGGGGGUGCUACUUCUAUUCCUUCAUGGGGCAAACUUUGGCUUGCUGUACUUGGAGUAUAUGAAUGGAGUGGAAUGAAAGCAAUCCCUCCAGAGAUGUGGCUUCUUCCCGACUUUGUUCCUUUUCAUCCAGGAAAGAUGUGGUGUCAUAGUCGACUUGUAUAUCUACCAAUGUCGUAUCUGUAUGGUAGAAGAUUUGUGGGCCCUUUCAGUUCCAUUGUUUUAUCCUUAAGAAGAGAGCUAUAUACCAUUCCGUAUCAUCUAGUCGAUUGGGACAGUGCCAAACACCAAUGUGCCAAGGAAGAUUUGUACCAUCCAUGCCCAACAAUACAAAAUAUUUUAUGGGCUUUUCUGGACAAUGUUGGUGAACCUCUUCUUAUGCAUUGGCCAUACUCCAAAUUAAGGAAUAAAGCACUUGAUCACGUUAUGAAGCAUAUACACUAUGAGGAUCAAAACACUAACUACAUUUGCCUUGGUCCCGUGAAUAAGGUACUAAACAUGGUUUGUUGUUGGGUGGAGAACCCUGAUUCUGAGGCAUUUAAAUAUCACCUUUCAAGAAUCAAAGACUAUCUCUGGUUGGCUGAGGAUGGAAUGAAAAUGCAGGGGUAUAAUGGUUCUCAAUGUUGGGAUGUUGCUUUAUCAGUUCAAGCUAUCCUGGCUACAAAACUUGAUGAUGAAUACGGUUCAAUGCUUAAGAAAGCAAAUAAUUUCAUAAAAAGCUCACAGAUUGCAAUGGACAUGUCUGGUAAUAGUAGUUGGUGUUAUCGCCACAUUAAUAAAGGCGGUUGGCCAUUCUCAACUCAAGACCAUGGUUGGCCUGUAUCUGAUUGCACUGCAGAAGGCUUAAAGGCAGCCAUUUUGUUAUCAAACUUGCCAUUUGAGAGUGUUGGGAAAACAGUAGAAAUAGAACAAUUAUGUGAUGCAGUUAAUUUGAUUUUAUCUCUGCAGAAUAGAAAUGGCGGAUUUGCAUCCUAUGAGCUCACAAGGUCUUAUGCAUGGAUGGAGAAAAUAAAUCCAAGUGAAACAUUUGAAGAUAUCACCAUUGAUUAUCAGUAUGUAGAAUGCACAUCAGCAGUGAUUCAAGGUCUUGCCUUAUUCACACAACGAUAUCCGCAUCACAGGAGGAUGGAAAUAGAGACUUGCAUUGCUAAAGCCGCAAAAUAUAUUGAAAGCAUACAAUCUGAUGAUGGUUCAUGGUACGGAUCAUGGGGAAUUUGCUUUACAUAUGGGACAUGGUUUGGAAUAAAAGGGCUUAUAGCUGCUGGUAGAAGAUACAAAGAUAACAAAAGCAUUAGAAUGGCAUGUGAAUUUUUGCUUUCCAAACAACACAAACUUUCUGGUGGGUGGGGUGAAAGCUAUCUCUCGGCCCAAAACAAGGUAUACACAAACCUGGAAGGAAACAAGUCUCAUGUAGUAAACACUGCAUGGGCUAUGAUGGGUCUUAUUGAAGGAGGCCAGGCUGAAGUAGAUCCGAGUCCGUUGCAUCGUGCCGCCAAGAUGUUGAUCAAUUCACAAAUGGAAAACGGCGAGUUUCCUCAACAGGAAAUAAUGGGAAUCUUCAACAAGAAUUGCACUAUCACUUGCUCGUCGUACAGAAGCAUGUUUCCCAUAUGGGCUCUUGGUGAAUAUCGAUGUCACGUACUGCUUUGUCCUGACAAAGAAUCCAAACAAACAUCAUAAU